UGCGGUGUGACUCUCACCCUGUACUGCUGCUCUGGCUGCUCGGGAGAGGUUCCGGGACAUUCCAGGGGCUGGCCCGAGCCUGCUGCCAGGCCCCCUGCCUCCUGGGGUUAAGGUCUCAUGUGCUGCUUCUCCACGACUUUGAGGAAACCACAUCAGGACAGUGCCUGGGACCCUGUAGGGAAGCUUCAGGGGCCUGUGUAACUGUCCUGACAGGGUUAGAAUUGGGCCAGGGGCUUUGCUCGUGCAUAGCCCUCCUUGACUCGACACUGGAGACUCGUGGGGGAGGGGCUGUGGAGGGCACAUUCGGGGUGCAGCAGUGAGAGCAUGGGCACAGUCGUGCCUCCGGGGAUCAAGGGGCAGGUAAGCGUGGGAGGUGGUGAGGGUCUGUGCAGCCCUCCUGGGCCUCUCCUGCGUGAGAUGCCAAGGUGCCCGUGUUGCAGGGGGCGGUGGAGCCCAUGCAGAUCGACGUGGACCCCCAGGAGGACCCACAGAGCGCACCUGAUGUCAACUAUGUGGUGGAGAACCCCACCCUGGACCUGGAGCAGUACGCGGCCAGCUACAGCGGCCUGAUGCGCAUCGAGCGUCUGCAGUUCAUCGCCGACCACUGCCCCCCGCUGCGGGUGGAGGCCUUGAAGAUGGCCCUGUCCUUCGUGCAGAGAACCUUUAAUGUGGACAUGUAUGAGGAGAUCCACCGCAAGCUCUCGGAGGCCACCCGGGGGCGCCGCUUGGCCGAGUUGGCUGCCCGCAAGUAUAAGCAGGCCGCCAAGUGCUUCCUGCUGGCCUCCUUUGACCACUGUGACUUCCCCGAGCUGCUUUCCCCCAGCAAUGUGGCCGUCUAUGGGGGCCUGUGCGCCCUGGCCACCUUUGACCGCCAGGAGCUGCAGCGCAACGUCAUCUCCAGCAGUUCCUUCAAGUUGUUCCUGGAGCUGGAGCCCCAGGUACGGGACAUCAUCUUCAAGUUCUAUGAGUCCAAGUAUGCCUCGUGUCUCAAGAUGUUGGAUGAGAUGAAGGACAACCUGCUCUUGGACAUGUACCUGGCCCCCCACGUCAGGACCCUCUACACGCAGAUUCGCAACCGCGCCCUUAUCCAGUAUUUCAGCCCCUACGUGUCCGCCGACAUGCGGAAGAUGGCCACCGCCUUCAACACCACGGUGGCGGCGCUGGAGGACGAGCUGACCCAGCUGAUCCUG